AUGGCUAUGCCUACAGCUGCCAAUGAUGUGACUGCAGGAGUCUCCCAGAUCUCCCUUGGUCGUGCACCUUUAAUAUGGCACGAUGCUACCACAGAACUGCUCCAAGCAACGAGCGAACUAAAACUCGGUCAGCUUGUCAAAGAUGACAGUUUCUCCCUCUACGACUCAAUUGGCGCUCUGGAAAUCAUGGACGCAAAGAUGGACUCGGGAUUGAUCCCUCCGAAUGAGGGGCCUGAUGCGUUUGAUGUGUGCAAACCGAUGUUACCAGAGGAGGUUGUUGGGCUAAUGGAUCAAUUGCUCGCUGCGGAGAUGAGCUGGCAUACAGCAACGUCACUCUCGCAAACAGUGUUCACAUCGCUGCACGUCGAGCACAUACUAUCUCAGUAUUCCAAGAAUCCUCACGCCGGGAUAUCACACAUCACGUACCUCCGAGAUGGAGAGGCUGCACCCGAGUCCUCUGGGUCGCCCGAAGCACUGAUGCACUAUGUCUUCCGACCGUACGUCCUUGCUCUGAUCAAGUGCGUGGAUUAUGCUAGAGAGAGGAUGUUGCAAGGACAGUUAUAUGAGGAUGAGGAUGUAUCGACAAUGACGUUCGGCUGGUCGCCCUUGGAGUAUGCCCAAUGUGAGGAAGUCCUUACUCUUCUUGACGCGGCGAAUAAGUGGCUUGAAGAGCACAAUGAAUAUCUAACGGACAAAAUCGCCCAGGCGCUUCAGUCAAGGAUCGCACUCCGGUGGGCAUUCUUGGUGGCUUUGAGCACGCCGUCGAUAGCAGAAUCAAUAACGGCCUUUCAAAUUUGUCUAGAACACGUCGAGGACGCAAGCAAAACGAGGUUUUUAGCAAAAGAAGUGCCAAAGGCCUUCAGUAUGUCCGUUCAGCGCACAUUGGCUAGCCAGAUUCCACCUCGGCAAAUGAUGAUUAGGUCAGUUGAUGAUGCUUACGCGUACUUGGAGCGUGUGUGCUCGGACAUGCGGGGGUUGAUGGUCAUCUCGGAAUAUGUUUCUGGCACUGAUCUCUUUAACUACUUUCAGGCGUUUGCCGUCCGCCGCCCCGUUGCAUCUGGUUAUGUCCGGGCGUCUUUGCAGGUUUUCUUCCUUCAGGAACUUCGAGUCCUUGGCAAGAUUACCCUACAACAAUUCAUGGUCGAUCUAAUUACAGAGUUCGCGGGCGUUCACCACCACGUUUCGGUAAAUGCGCCAGAAGACGCCUCGGAACAAGCUGUUAGAGCACAUCAGCUGGUUCAGGAUUUCCUCCAGAAGGCUGCUAUUCCCACCGUCGACCUGUUUCGCGUGUUUUGCCAUAACCGUGCAAGAUUACGACGUAAUAUGAUCAAGAUGUUAUACGAGUUUGAUGCUUUGCAAGUAGAGGCCGAGGCAAUCGAUGCUGAAAUACUCACGCUCCUGAAUCAGCAGCCCUUGCAAACAGAACGCGGGCCGUCUCACCCGUAUCCGCUGAGCUCAUGGGUCUAUCACAACAAACUGCAGCUCAUGGAGACUAUCAUUCUUUUAGGGUUUGAGUUGGAGUUGUAUCAGCCGUAUGAAUGGUCCUUGAUGUACUGGUAUUUGGACUACAUUUUGGACGUUCAUCGGCAUCACCUGGAGAGAACCACGGUCCAUAUCAGCGCUCCAAAGACUGCUCCAAAACUAUCGUCGAAAAAGUCGAAGAAAAACAAAAAACCGACGCUUCCGCCAAUGCAUCCAAGCGAUGCUAGUGCAUUGGCGUUCGUCGAGAGUUUGCAUCUCCAGACUGUCGGUUACGGUCACCUGAGUCGAGGUUGCUUUAGGCUGACAGCAGCUCUGACAAAGCUUGGGCUAAUAUCGAGACCUGAAAGGUCGAAGUUGGCCGAGUCGACUUGGUAUAACCUGCGCCUAAAGCCUUUCUUGAGGAUAGGGGCGCCCGAGUUUGUUCCGUUCAAUGAUUUCAAGUCGGUGACAAACGUGGAUCGGGUAGAUGCCACUGCACUAUUGGAAGUCACGCAAGAUUACUUUGCCCAGGCCAAGAAGUCAAUCGAACUAUUCACCAAACUGCCUAUCGAUGUCAAGCGGACGAGCUUGUGUGAAACCCUGCACAAAGCAAGCUGUUCAGAUCUCCUUCGAUCAUGUGUUGCAAAUAGUGUCUUCUCACAGGUCGUGCGAAAGAUGCCGACAAGUACCAUUGCAGCAUCAGGCAAAGUCAUCAAAGCAGAAGCAAAAUAUCACGCAUGGUUUCAAACCUUGAGUAUAGGAGAUAAAGCAAAAAAGGUAUGA